AUGUCUAUGGAUAUAUCCACAGUGUUACAAUCUUUGAACGAGAAACAAAAAGAGUCGGUUAUUUCUCCUUCUAAUGGUAGAUUGCAAAUUGUAGCAGGUCCUGGUACAGGAAAGACAAAGGUUCUUAUAUCAAGGGUUGCAAAGUUAUUAUUAGUAGAUAAUAUCGAACCAUAUCAAUUGAUAGUCACUACAUUUACCAAAAAAGCCGCUAAUGAAAUGAUAGAGAGACUAACACCCAUACUAAAGGGUACAUCUAUAGAUCCAACUAAGAUCUUGAUGGGAACUUUCCACAGUAUAUGUUACAGGAUUAUCCGUAGGUACGGAAUGAAGGCCGAUUUAUCCAAUUACACUAUAGCUGAUGAGAGAGAUAGUAAUCAGAUUCUACUGGAUAUCCUUAAAAACUUGAAUAACGAAGAAAUUGAUCACUUGGAUCUGUUAGAUGGUAAUGAAAUGUUUAAGACCGGGAAAGAUGGUAAAUAUCAUGGAUAUGAUCCUAAGGUUUUCAAAAGGCAAAUAUCGAAAUUGAAAUCAUCAGGAAUCACUUAUAAGAAAUAUUUAACUGCACCUUCAAGCAAUAAAUGUUUGAGAUUCAUAUAUGAAAAGUAUCAAUUGCAAUUGAAGAAAGAGUUCUUGCUAGACUUCGAUGAUUGUUUACUUGAAUGCUACGACUUGAUUUCAAAGUACCCUGUACUCAAUUUCGUUCAACAUGUUUUGGUUGAUGAAUUCCAAGAUACCAAUGAAAUUCAACUUCGGUUGAUGUAUGAAUUUGCUCGUGGACACCCCACAAAUCCACUUUUCCAGAACAAUCUUACCAUCGUCGGGGAUCCAGAUCAAAGUAUUUAUGGUUUCAGAGAUGCCCAAUCAGCCAAUUUCAAAAAGAUGAAAAAGUAUUAUGAAUCUAAAAACUUACCAGUUUCAGUGAUCACUUUGGAUGAAAAUUAUAGAUCUACCAAAGAUAUUCUUAGUAUCUCCGAAACCAUCAUGCGGCAGCAAAAGGAUAGAGUGACCAAACAAUUGAGCUCCCAAAUCGAAAAUUCAUUUAAACCUGUUCAUAAAACAUGUAAUAGUUCGAAACAAGAAGCAAGGUGGAUAGCUUACCAAAUCACUUAUUUGACAUCAUUACCUGAUUCGGUCGUUAGAUACCAAGAUAUAUCCAUAUUGGUGAGAGCAGCAUACCAAACUAGAGCGAUUGAAAAUGAGUUGGUGAAAUGCAGAAUUCCUUACUUUAUGAUCCGUGGGAAAGCGUUUUGGGACAGAAAGGAAGUUGUUGCCAUGUUAGACUAUUUGAGAGUCAUUGGAAACCCAUUGGAUAGAAUUGCAUAUCUUAGAACCAUCAAUUUCCCUAAAAGAGGUAUAGGUGAAAAAACCUUAGAAGAUUUGGCCAAACGUUUAGAGGCUGUUGAUUUAAAUAGUUACAAUAGUCAUGACGCUUUGAAAAUCAUUGCAGAGCAAUUGUCUAACAAGAAUCAAAAGUCUUUGUUAUCUUAUCUUGAAUUCAUCGAAGAUGCAAGAAUAAAAAUGAUAGAAGUUGAAACCAUGGAUUUAGGCGAAGAAAGAGAAAGGUUAUUGGAUGAAUUUUUUGAUUUCGUUUAUGUCAAAUCAGGAUUAAAAGAUCAAUUCAAGAAAGAGGAAAGUCAUGAACAAAAUAUUAUGGAAGUAAAGAAACAACUUCUCGAGUUUUCCCCUCGUGAUGAAGAUGAGUUUCCGGUUUAUUUGAAUGAUCAAGGACAGCCUUCACAAGUACCAGAAAUGGAGGAGGAUAAUCAGAGUUUCUUGAGUAAAUUCAUUGUAUCAUUAGGAUUAUUUGAACAUUCAGAAGAUAAAGAAGAUGAACAAGGACUGAACAAAGUGUCUCUUUCAACAAUCCAUGGAUCUAAGGGUUUAGAGUGGCCAGUUGUUUUGAUUCCAGGGGUUUCUGAGGGUUUAUUGCCAGCUAGUUUCGCUAUCAAAUCAGGAGGUGAAGAAGAGAUAGAUGAAGAACGAAGAUGUUUUUAUGUUGCAACUACUCGGGCCAAAACUUUGUUAUAUUUAACAUCGUGUGUGGAAGAAGAAAAGAGUUGGUAUAACAACAAACCUUCAUCAGUAUCAAGGUUUAUUUCCAAUCUUGAUCACAAGUUUACUAAAACCCAAAAAUGUUUCAGUGAUUGGGAAACAUUGAAAUCGUUUUAUUGUAUCAGAGGGAAAGCUCAUCCAAACUCUUUUGAUUUGCAUAUAUUCAAUAAAGGUUACAAAGAACAACUUUUCCCAUUCUUAACUGGGGACCUUCAACGUAUUGAAACCAUGAAUUACAAGCCUCAGGAUUUCAUAGUUCAUAAUCCUGAACCGAAAUCAGAAUUUGGAUUUGGAUUUUCAUCAAGUUUAUCCAAAGCCAGGUAUGCGUUGAGUAAGGAUCGAUAUGCAUAUGAUUUAGGGGAUUCAGAACCUGCCACAGAAGAGAUUGAUUUUUCAGAACCAAAAUUUCCUAAGAGAGCACCAAUGUCUUCGAAUAAAGCUCCAGGGUCAAGUUAUAUCAAGAACUUAUACGCUGGAGCAGCCUUCAAGAAGCAUAAACCUUCAAUGGCUCCCGCAUACAAUCCUGUCAAAAUCAAUAGUUUGGCACCUAAAGGUAAAAAGGCCCCAGCUUAUAUUCCUGACAGAAGGAAAAAGGCUUAA